CCUCAAACCAAUUUCCCAUUAACCAAACCUCAAGUCUCAAUUAGCAACACAAGCGAUUAUUCUGCACCUUAAUCCCCUACAUAUAGCUACAGAGUUGCUCUGUUUUUUUCCCCAUCUCCCCUGACCCAGAAGAGAAAAUGGUGUUCAAGCUCAACAAUCAGAUGCUCUCAAAGAUGGCCAUCGGUGACGGCAACGGUGAGAACAACUCCUACUUCGACGGCUGGAAGGCCUACGACAGCGACCCCUACCACCACCACAACAACCCCGACGGCGUCAUCCAGAUGGGUCUUGCCGAGAACCAGCUCUGCUUCGAUUUGGUGGAAGAAUGGCUAAAGAAAUACCAUGUUGCCUCCAUUUGCACCCCCGAAGGUGUUGGUGGCUUCAAGGACGUCGCCAUCUUUCAGGACUACCAUGGAUGGCCAAAGUUCAGAAAUGCGGUGGCGAAGUUUAUGGGAAAAGUGAGAGGAGACAGAUUGAGCUUCGACCUAGACAGGAUUGUUAUGGCCGCCAGAGCCACCGAAGCUCACGAGACCGUCGCUUUCUGCUUGGCGGAUCCCGGCGAGGCUCUGCUAGUGCCCAACCCUUAUUAUCCAGGAUUCGAUCGCGAUUUGCGGUGGAGGACGGGAAUCCAGCUCGUGCCGAUCGAAUGCGACAGCGCGAACAACUUCUAGCUGAGGAUGGAGGACCUGAAAGCUGCCUACGAAAUGGCAAAGCUGAAUAACAUUCGAGUCAAAGGGCUACUGUUGACCAAACCGUCCAACCCACUGGGGAUGAUUAUCGAUGGUGACAGCUUGAGAAGCAUCGCCGCCUUCACCAACGAGAAGAACAUCCACCUGAUCUGCGAUGAGAUCUACUUCACCACGUCUUCGGCAAGCCCAACUACAUCAGCAUGGCCGAGAUCGUCGACGAGGACCGGAGGAGCGGCGGCGGCAAGAACAGUCUCAACCUAGACCUGAUCCACAUAGUCUACAGCUAGUCAAAAGACAUGGGAUUUCCGGGCCUGCGGGUUGGGAUAGUCUAUUCAUACAACGACGUCGUGGUGGGCUGCGCGCGGAAGAUGUCGAGCUUUGGGCUGGUCUCGGCCCAGACCCAACACAUGAUCGGGUCCACGCUGUCGGACGAGGAGUUUGUGGAGGAGUUUCUCGGGGCGAACCAGGCCAGGCUGGCGGAGCGGCACAGGGCGUUCACGGGCAUGUUGGGUCGGGUAGGGAUCCGGUGCCUGAGAACCAGCAACGCGGGGUUGCUCGUGUGGAUGGAUUGUAACAUACCAUUCCGGCAAAACCCAUAUUUUUUAUCGCUAGAAAGUUCGCGAUUUAAAAUCGAGCGUUUUGAUAGUAUUUCGGCGAAAAUCGGAUUAUCAAUCGAUUGGAUAAGUAUACGUAUUAAUUAUAUAUAUUAUAUAAUAUUAUAUAUAUAUGGGGAGUUCUACGGUACCCAGGGUGAAAUCCGGGGUACCGCAUACCUUGAGUAAGAAAACGCUAUCCAGAAC